GGUAUAAAGCGACCGACAGGCCGCCAUUUUACCGACAGAGGGCGCCACGAGACAACAGGAAGUCAGAUUCAACCAGCCUGUUUUUGAGUCGCCAUAGCAACAGAAAGUCUUUUCUGAUAUCCAGCUGAACCAUGGGGAACAUGUACCGAUUUAAUAACACUGAUAUAAGUCCAGCCUCAAUACCAUCAAAAUACCAAAGAGUGGUGAUAAUAACUCAAGAGAAGAAGGGGUUUUCUUCUCAAGCUAAGAGAUUUCCCUCACAAGACUGCCUGGAUGAAAGUCCAGGUCCGGGCAGUUAUGACUGUGUCUCCAGCGCUGAAGUCAAAAGUCCGUCCUUCUCAAAGAAAGGCACCACAGGCUUUGUUCCAUCCAAGGGUGCCAGACCAUCCAAUAACCCACACAGAGAAAGCCCAGGACCAAACGCAUACAACCUACAGAGCUCCUUUGUAGACAAGUAUGACUUCAACAUUGGAUCUUCCAGAGUGUUCAGGUUGCCUGUGGCUGUGCAGCUGGAUGGUCCAAAGUACAAUACUCCAGCCCCGAAUCAAUAUGAUGUCAGCUGUGGUAAAACACCAAAGAGCUACUCCUCUGUCGUUGGUACAUCGGCUUUCCUGUCAAAAACCGGACGCUACUCUUUUUACCCAAACAAUGAUGGGCCAUCACCAUGUCACUAUGAAGUGAGAAACAAUGUAAUCCAGCGCGACACCCAGGCCAUCGUGUCCCCCUUCAAAUCAAAAACUCAGAGAAUCCCUCCUCCUGUGGACCACCAUGUUCCCGGCCCAGGGGCCUACAGUCCACAUCAGACCCCUGCACUGGAGAAGACGACCAUCCAGCCGAGGGGGUAUUAUUUAGCGUUAUCAGCGCGUCCUCUCAUUGUUCCCAAGUUCCCUCCCUUACCAGGCCCUUGGAAGUACUGCAUGAGGAGUUAUAACGGCCCGUCUAAGCAUCCCGUCCCCGCUGCUGUUUUUUCAUCCACAGCUAAAAGGAUAUCCCAACGCUCACGAGCCGCAUGAAGCCACUUACAGGUUUCUUUAAUCCACAAAUUUUGCCGAAGCAGACUCCGGAGUGUGGAUUCCUGUUUGAAGCUUUCAAGGAAACCUGCACUGCAGAUACAUAAAAAAUUUCCACCCACACAAACUGAUCAUCUGUAUCAAAACGCUUCUCAGCAAGGAGCAGUCUGUCUUUCUGUGUGUAAAUGUAAAUGGGUUCCUGUAUGUGUGACAUUUUUUCAGUGUUUGUUGAGAAAGAAAGGAUAAAAACUAAAUGUUUUUA